GGGUGGGGCUUUCGACGUUUUGAUUAGCGCACACAUUGGACCAAUCGAUUCGGAGCACAUGGUGGAUGUGUCUGAAUUCGGGAAAAAAACCAUGUUUGUAGUUUGUCCAAUCAGAUGUUGAAGUGAACGCACGUGCACCUGCCAAGUUAGGGUGUGCACGUAUUGGCACCUCUCCUCUACUUGGGCCCAUCCAGAUGCGGCGAAGGAGGAAAUGCUCUUUUGUCUGUUGCUGAAUCGUAGGCGAAGGCCAAGCCCGAUCCCAGCGACGCUCACGCCACUGCGCGCUGGUUGGUCUCCCAAAAUACUUGGGGAAUCAUUAGCACUAUCUCUAUUGAUCUGCAAGGGGCUCCGUUUGGGUCAAGGAACUGGUAUCCCUUACUUCUACCUAACAUUGCUGGACCCGACUCCAAGAGAUUUGCAAAAGGAUUCUCGUUGUUCUCUCACUGUUAGUGAAUUUCCUCUUGGCACAUGUAGUGGGAUAGAUCCCGAGAAUCCAACCUGCUCUAAGUUGACUUUGACAGGAAAGAUGGAGGCACUUAACAUGAGUGGUCCAGUAGCUGAUUUUGCUUCCCAGGCAUUAUUUUCAAAACAUAGUGAGAUGAUGGAUUGGCCCACAGAUCAUAACUUCCAAUUUUUCAAGUUAAAUAUAGAGAAUAUAUUCCUAAUUGAUUGGUUUGGUGGGCCCAAACCGUUGUCUGUGGCAGAAUACCUGCAACCCGGACGAUUGGUUUUAUCUAGUUGACAAUUUUUCUUCUUUGGUGCUUAAUAUUUAUGUCUUUUGAAUGCAAGCUUACAUAACUAUUUAUUGUGAUUUCUAUAUGUUUUCGUUAUAGUUAUCUCACUGGACCAAUAAGGUGGCAUUUUGCCAUUUAUUCUUAAAGAAUCGUGUACACCAAAACAGGGUGCCACUAAAUAUAAAGGUUAAUUGACACAUAUAAUUAUUGCAAAGGGUGCAAGGAAACCAAUUAUUGAAAAUUGUUCAGUUGUUAGUAUGAACUUGUAGUAUAGAGUGAAAUGUGCAUGCCUUAUAUAAGUAAAAACAAUUGAAAGGGAAGUUGUUUUGUAAUAACAAGUUCUGUCCAUAUUGUUGUUUUCCGGCUUUAGGCAUUCGUGGUGCUUGGACACUGUUCUGAAUUAAUUUACAGUAAGAAUAAAGAAGCAAUGCAUUUUUUCUCUA